AUGGCCACCCACCUUGCCGCCGUCUCCCUCGCAAAAGGAGAGCCCUUCGAGCUCCAAACACGGCCUACCCCAAAGCCAGGCCCAAACGAACUCCUAAUAGAGGUCAAGUCCGUAGCCCUGAACCCGGCAGAUGGCCACAUGCGUGAUCAAGGCCUCUUCAUAUCCACCUACCCCACGGUCAUUGGCUUCGACAUAUCAGGGCUAGUCCUUGAGGUCGGCGACAACGUCCCUAUCAGUGCUACCGACGAGAGACCAGGACCUUAUUUCCGACCAGGGAUCACCCGUGUCGCGGCAUACGCCGCCUCCUUCUGGAGGUCCUGCGAUCCUGACUACGGCGCCUUUCAAGAGCGGUGCCUUGUCCCCUGGCAACACGCCCUGCCUCUUCCAGAGGGUGUGUCUUGGAACCAAGCGGCAACCUUGCCAGUCGCCGUUGAGGUACCUCUCAAUGCGUGGGAUAUUAUGGGUAUUUCACGGGUCGGAGAAGCCACUUCUUCAUCAUCAUCAUCAUCAUCAUCAUCAUCAUCAUCUUCUUCUUCUUCUUCUUCUUCCGUUUCGGCGGCCCCAGUCAGCUCCAAUCCUAGCGGAGGAACUCACAAAAAUAAGAAACAGAAGAGAGACGCCUUACUGGUCUGGGGUGCUUCCUCUAGCGUUGGAACGAUGGGUGUGCAAAGCGCCAGGGUGCUGCGGGAAGAUCGCCACUCUUCUUUCGCCGCUGUGUACGCCACGGCCGGUGCGGCGAAUCUGAAGUACAUAACCUCCCUAGGCGCGGAUCGCGUCUUUGAUUACAAAGAUCCGCAGGUUGUGGAUAAUAUUGUUUCGGCGGCCAGAGAAGACGGUCUAGUUAUUCGGCACUGCUUUCUUGCCACAGGGCAGCUGGCGUCAUGUCAAGCCGCCCUCAAAGCCUUCAUUGGGGAUAACCAAGGAAAAGAAGACCAGAAGGCAAAGAUUGGAUCAGCACCGGUAAUUCCUGCUGACGCAGACGUGGUGAGCGGGGUGGAAACCAUCUUUGUGCUGCCGUCGAUGAAUGAAGGGGAGAGGUUGGCCCAGUUUCAAUAUUGGAUGGGGACAUGGCUGAGAGAGAAUCUAGCCAACGGGGUUAUCAGGCCCAGUCCGGAGCCAAGGGUCGUGGGAAAGGGGCUGGGGGCUAUUAAUGCUGGGUUGGAUAUUGUCCUCCGGGGGGUGAGUUGUACGAAGUUGGUUGUUGAGAUUGCGGCAUGA